AGCCAUGCAGCAGGUCCUGGACAACCUGAUGGGGCUCCCGGGGACCCCGGGGGUGGCCGAUCUUGACCUCAUCUUCCUCCGCGGCAUCAUGGAGAGCCCCAUCGUCCGCUCCCUGGCCAAGGCGCACGAGCGGCUGGAGGAGCGGAAGCUGGAGGCGGUGCGCGGGGACAACCUGGCGCUGGUGCAGGAGAUCCUGCGGGACAUCGGGCGCCUGGCGCGGCCCGAGGCUCAGGGGGCGGCGGCGGAGCUGGCCCGGAUCCUGCGGGAACCGCACUUCCAGUCGCUGCUGGAGACCCACGACUCGGUGGCCGCCAAGAGUUACGACCCCCCCCCGAGCAGCCCCGGCCCGGAGCCGUCGCUGGGGUCGCAGCCGGUGCCCCCCGACGCCGUGCGCAUGGUGGGCAUCCGCAAGGCAGCCGGGGAGAACCUGGGGGUGACGUUCCGGGUGGAGCGGGGGGAGCUGGUGAUCGCCCGCAUCCUGCACGGGGGGAUGGUGGCGCAGCAGGGGCUGCUGCACGUGGGGGACGUGAUCCGCGAGGUGAACGGGCGCGAGGUGGGCAGCGACCCCCGGGCGCUGCAGGACAGCCUGCGCCACGCCAGCGGCAGCGUCGUGCUCAAGAUCCUGCCCAGCUACCAGGAGCCCCACCCGCCCCGCCAGGUGUUUGUCAAGUGUCACUUCGACUACGACCCGGCCACCGACAGCCUCAUCCCCUGCAAGGAGGCCGGGCUCAAGUUCAUGGCCGGGGACCUGCUGCAGAUCGUCAACCAGGAUGACCCCAACUGGUGGCAGGCGUGCCACGUGGAGGGUGGCAGCGCGGGGCUGGUGCCCAGCCAGCUGCUGGAGGAGAAGCGCAAGGCGUUCGUCAAGCGCGACGGGGAGGUGGCCCCGUCCUCAGGGGCCCUGUGUGGCAGCCUCAGCGGGAAGAGGAAGAAGAGGAUGAUGUACCUGACGACGAAGAACGCCGAGUUCGACCGGCACGAGCUGCUGAUCUACGAGGAGGUGGCGCGGAUGCCGCCGUUCCGCCGGAAAACGCUGGUGCUGAUCGGGGCUCAGGGCGUGGGGCGCCGCAGCCUCAAGAACAAGCUGAUCAUGUCCGACCAGGCGCGCUACGGCACCACCAUCCCCUACACGUCCCGGAAGCCGAAGGAGAGCGAGCGGGACGGGCAGGGUUACCGCUUCGUGUCGCGGGGCGAGAUGGAGGCGGACAUCAAGGCGGGCCGGUACCUGGAGCACGGCGAGUACGAGGGGAACCUGUACGGCACCAGGAUCGACUCCAUCCGCGCCGUGGUGGACGCGGGCAAGAUGUGCAUCCUGGACGUCAACCCGCAGGCCGUGAAGGUGCUGAGGACGGCGGAGUUCGUGCCCUUCGUGGUGUUCAUCGAAGCCCCCGGGCCCGAGAGGCUGCGGGCCAUGAACAGGGCGGCCCUGGAGAGCGGCGUGGCCACCAAACAGCUCACGGAGGCGGACGCCCAGCGCACGGUGGAGGAGAGCAGCCGCAUCCAGCGCGGCUACGGGCACUACUUCGACCUGAGCCUGACCAACGAUGACCUGGAGCGCACCUUCGGGCGCCUGCGGGAGGCCAUGGAGCUCCUGCGCGUGCAGCCCCAGUGGGUCCCGGUCACCUGGGUCUAUUAGGGACCCCCGGAGCCUCCCCUCAGCCCCCCAGCCCACCCAGGGGGGCCCGAGGG